GGCCCGGGGCCCGGCGAGCCCCGAGGGCGCUUCACCUGCCCGCGGGCGCUGAAGGUGCCCUCCUACCUGAACUACCGCUUCCUGGGGGAGAAGGACUGCGGGGCGCCCUGCGAGCCCGGCCGCCUCUACGGGCUCAUGUACUUCGGGCCCGAGGAGCUCCGCUUCUCCCGCACCUGGAUCGGCAUCUGGUCCGUGCUCUGCUGUGCUUCCACCCUCUUCACCGUCCUCACAUACUUGGUGGACAUGAAGCGCUUCAGCUACCCCGAGCGGCCCAUCAUCUUCCUCUCGGGCUGCUACACGGCGGUGGCCGUGGCCUACAUCGCCGGCUUCCUCCUGGAGGAGAGGGUGGUCUGCAACGAGCGCUUUGCCGAGGACGGUUCCCGCACCGUGGCGCAGGGCACCAAGCGAGAGGGCUGCACCAUCCUCUUCAUGAUGCUCUACUUCUUUGGCAUGGCCAGCUCCAUCUGGUGGGUCAUCCUCUCCCUUACCUGGUUCCUUGCUGCUGGCAUGAAGUGGGGCCAUGAGGCCAUUGAGGCCAACUCCCAGUACUUUCAUCUGGCCGCCUGGGCCGUGCCGGCCAUCAAGACCAUCACCAUCCUUGCCCUGGGACAAGUGGAUGGGGACGUCCUCAGCGGCGUUUGCUUUGUGGGCAUCAACAACGUGGAUGCCCUGAGGGGCUUUGUGCUGGCCCCCUUGUUCGUCUACCUGUUCAUCGGCACCUCUUUCCUGCUGGCUGGCUUUGUGUCCCUCUUCAGGAUCCGGACCAUCAUGAAGCAUGACGGCACCAAGACAGAAAAGCUGGAGAAGCUCAUGGUGAGGAUAGGCAUCUUCAGCGUCCUCUACACGGUGCCGGCCACCAUCGUCAUUGCCUGCUAUUUUUACGAGCAAGCUUUUAGGGAACAGUGGGAGAGGAGCUGGGUCACACAGAGCUGUAAGAGCUAUGCCAUUCCCUGCCCCAACAACCACAGCGGCCACCACCCGCCCAUGAGCCCCGACUUCACUGUCUUCAUGAUCAAGUAUCUCAUGACCUUAAUCGUGGGCAUCACCUCGGGCUUCUGGAUCUGGUCUGGGAAAACCCUGAACUCCUGGAGGAAGUUUUACACCAGGCUCACCAACAGCAAACAGGGCGAGACCACGGUCUGAGACCCCUGCUUGCCAGGCUAGGGAGAUGCGGGACGACUGAGGCUCUGCCUCGGGAAGCAGCUCCUUAUCCAGCUUGGGCAAACUUUUGUGACUGCGAGAGGCUUCCGCAGGCGGCGGGGAGCGGAGGACGAGCCAGGGGAACCCCGGUGCCUGGGAUCUCCGGGCUCUGCCCUCCCCAUGCCGCUCGGGCUGUCUCCUGUAGGAGCUGAACGCACUGUCAGGUUGGGGGAGAGGGAUGUAAAUAGCCUCUGUAAGAUUUUGUAAGUAUAUUUGUAUUUAAAUUACAAAAAAACUCACUUUUUUUAAUUAUUUAGGACACUUCUAACCCGUUUGCAGAUUUUACUUCCUUGCUUCCCACCCCUUCCCUCCCCCCCUUUUUUUUAUUUAAAAAAAGAAAUGGCUUUGGAUUUUUAUUUCGUAGGGCAGGAUGGGAAAAGCUGCCG